CGCAUGUGCUGUUGGCUUGCAUGAUGGCCUACCCGUGUGCCUAUCUGAUGAUUGAGAGAACGCUAUCCGAUCCAAUCAUCUUCUUGUUUGAGCUCGUGGUCGUCGUGCACGAGCAGUAGCACUCAUGGAAGGAGCCAUCUCCAGCCGGCCAAACACAAGGGUCGCCGUCGUCACCGGCGGGAACAAGGGGAUCGGCUUCGAGGUGUGCCGGCAAUUAGCCGUCGAUGGAGGAGUGACGGUCGUCCUGACGGCCCGGGACGAGGCGAGGGGCGCGGAGGCGGCGGAGAGGCUCAGAGCGCUGGGUGUCACCGACGCCGUCUUCCAUCAGCUGGACAUCACGGACGCCUCCAGCAUCGCUACGCUAGUCUACUUCCUCGACACCCGUUUCGGCAAGCUCGACAUCCUGGUCAAUAAUGCCGGUGUUGGAGGGGUUGAGUACCCGCAAGAACUCGAAGCCAACGACGGUCAGUUCGCCGGCCUGGACUCGAAGCAGAGACUUGAAUGGAUGGUGAAGAAUGUCCGGGAGCCCAUCGACGCCGCAAGGAAAGCCGUGGAGACAAACUACUACGGCACCAAGCAUGUAACCCAAGCCCUGCUGCCGCUGCUGCAAUCUUCCAAGGAGGGAAGGAUUGUGACUGUCUCCUCCGAAUACGGACUGCUAAGGCUUAUCAGCAACGAGGAGGCGAGGCGGGACCUCAACGACAUCGACAACCUGACGGAGGAGAGGCUGGACGAGCUGCUGGGCAAGUUCCUGAAUGACUUCGAGGAGGGCGACGCGCUGGAGACGCACGGGUGGCCCACGGGGUUCUCGGCGUACAAGGUGGCCAUGGCCGCCACCAACGCCUACUCGAGGAUCUUGGCCAGGAGGCACCCCAUGCUGCGCGUCAACUGCGCGCAUCCGGGCUACGUCAAGACGGACAUGAGCAUGGGCUCGGGUGUCCUGACGCCCGAGGAGGGAGCGCAGCGCGUGGUGAUGGUGGCGCUGCUGCCGGACGGCGGCCCGACCGGCAAGUACUUCACCAAGGGCGAGGAGGCGUCGUUCGUGUGAGCUAUGUUACGAUGGUUUGAGAUUUUGAGUAGUACUUCCUCCGGUCCUUUUUAGUCUGCAUAUUAGCUUUGUCCGAAAUCAAAGUAUCUCUACUUUGACCAAAUUUAUAAAAACAUGUAUCAACAUUCACAAUGUCAAAUUAAUAUUGUUAGAUUCAUUAA